GGUUGCGACGGGUCGAGGCAGUGACCGAGCUGAGGGGACGGAGGUGCGUGAGGAGCAUCCCUGGUCCCACCGCCCGGCAGCGCUGCGGUUGGUGAGGGAGCGGUGUCCCAACCGAGGGGUUGGUCCGACCCCGGGGGUGCAGCGCCGAGCCGGCUUCGUCAGUUGAACAGUUCUAUCUGGGAUAGGGCCGCGUGCGGGGAAAAGGAAUGGGAUAGCUGUCCUUCAGAAGUUUAUUAGGAUAGACUCAAGUACUUGAUCGUUCCGUCAUAACCUCCUCUUUCUGCUCGUCCUAGUGGGACUGGUUAAGGCCUGGAGAUGUCGACCCCCCCUCUGGCUGGGGCGGGGAUGCCGCCGGGCGCUUUCUCGGGGACUCAGGCUCAGGCGGCCAGGGAGGUGAACACGGCUUCCCUCUGCCGCAUCGGCCAGGAGACCGUGCAGGACAUUGUGUUCCGAACCAUGGAGAUCUUCCAGUUACUGAGGAACAUGCAGUUACCAAAUGGUGUUACUUAUCAUACUGCAACAUACCAAGACAGAUUGGGAAAGCUGCAGGAACAUCUCCGUCAGUUAUCAAUACUCUUCAGAAAACUGAGAUUAGUCUAUGACAAAUGCAAUGAAAACUGUGCUGGGCUCGAUCCUGUUCCCAUAGAACAACUUAUUCCGUACGUUGAAGAAGAUGGAUCUAAGCAUGAUGAUCGUGGUGCUGCAAGUCAGCUUCGUUUUGCUACUGAAGAGAGAAGGGAAAUUAUGGAAGUAAAUAAGAAACUGAAACAGAAGAAUCAGCAGCUGAAGCAGAUCAUGGAUCAGUUACGGAAUCUUAUUUGGGACAUAAAUGCCAUGUUGGCAAUGAGGAAUUGAACAAGGAAAAUCAAACUUUGUAUUUGAAGAAGAUACAAAUCUCAUUCGAUAUGUUUAACUUCCUUGUAAGAAGAAGCAUAUUUUCCUACAAUCAUAUUGCAGUAAUGUUUGAAAAGUCUUCAAGAUUAAAAUGUUGGUUUUUUU